UUAAAGCGCGGUUAACUUUGCUGUGUUCGCAUAAUUAACUCAGUUGUUGCAAGUGUGCAAAGUUGAGCGAGCCCACGGCUGCUGCUGUGCUCACGCGGUUUCACGUUAUGAUGGCGACAAUGUCGACAAACAUUUGUCGUUAGAUAUUAGUGUGUGUUACUGCAGUGCGAGUGAUCACUGCUCCGCUUUAAUUCAGACUGCUAGAAGCGUGUAGCCUGUGCAGGAGAGCAGGAUUCAACAGUAGGCUGUGGUGUUUUGGCUUACUGCCACCCCACAGGUGCAGCAAGCUCUGACACAGUUACCGUUAUGGUGUCAGGAAGGGAUUCAUUGUCAGGCAGGAUCACGGAUGUGAUGGAUGCAUCACACUGAUCUCCAGGAGCAUAGGACUCAUGCUCCCUCAUCUUUGUGCUGCCACACCAGCCCUGUACAUAUUGUGGAUCGCCAUGGCCCAGGUUGCUGGCCAGGAGGACAGAGAGAAAACUACCGCGCUCAAAGAUUUGCUGUCAAGAAUAGACCUAGAUGAACUGAUGAAGAAAGAUGAACCUCCUUUCACUUUCCCCAAAACACUGGAGGAGUUUGAAUAUGCCUUCAAUGAGCAUGGUCAGCUGAGACAUAUAAAAACAGGAGAACCCUUUGUGUUCAAUGCCAGAGAGGAUCUCCACCGCUGGAACCAGAAACGCUACGAAGCUCUCGGAGAGAUCAUCACUCAGUAUGUUUAUGAGCUGUUGGAGAAAAACUGCAACAUGACUAAAGCAUUCCUGCCAGUGGAUGCCACAGAAGAUGAACCCACCAGUUUUAUCUACCUGAGCCCAGAUGCCUUGUCCAACCCGUCCAAGCUGCUGGUGCUGAUCCAGGGCAGUGGUGUAGUGCGGGCCGGUCAGUGGGCCCGUAGACUAAUCAUCAACCAGGACUUGGACUCAGGGACACAGAUCCCCUUCAUCAGGAAAGCCAUGGAGGAGGGCUACGGUGUGAUGGUGCUCAACCCCAACGAGAACUACCUGGAGGUGGAGAAGCCAGCCAAGUCCUCCCCCCUGCCCUCUCCUACCGAACCCUCGGACGAACCUGCUGAAAAGAGGGAACGCAAAGAUGACAAAGAGGGCAAAAAGAAGAGAGAAUUUUAUGAGAAGUAUCGUAACCCACAGAAGGAGACAGAGACCGAAAGGAUCCCCAUACGGGAAAAUGGUUCCUCCGAGGAACACGUGCUAUACGUGUGGGACCACUUUGUGUCCAAAGCCACAGCCAAGAAUGUCUUCAUCAUUGCCCACAGCUAUGGAGGGCUGUCUUUCGUUGAGCUGAUGAAUCAGAGGGAAAUGCAGGUGAAGAACAGAGUGUGUGCCGUGGCUCUGACUGACUCCGCUCACAACAUCUGGCUACAGGAGACGAGCAAAGGCACGCAGGACUGGAUGCAGCAGCACUGUUGUAACUGGGUAUCGAGUUCAGAGCCCCUGGACACACCGCUGGAUCCCAUGCUGCCAGACUGCCCCCGAGUCUCUGCAGGCACCGAGAGACAUGAGCUGACCUCCUGGACGAGUUUCAACUCCAUCUUCAGGUUCUUCAAUGAGGUCCUGGAGGCGAAAGAGGAUGAGGAGGCGGAGGAGACCUCCAACACGGUCACCACACGCAGCAGCUCCCUCAAAAACAAACACCAAGAUUUGUAGAGGACCAACAACAAUGACUUGGAACAAGAGGAGAGGGAGUGGGCGACAAGGGAUCGGGGUGGGGGGGGGGGGGGUGCAGAAAGGGAGGCUAAGGUUCCAGAUCCUCCUCCAUUUUUUUCUGUUGCUCUCUCUCCCUCUCUCUAUAACCUCCAUCUUUCCUUCUCGCUCUUCUCACCGAGUGUCAUUUCUCCCUUCCAGCCCUCCCUGGCUCUGCAAACACAUAGCCUUGUUGUUGUAAGAGACAAGAGUACAGGGUCACCAUGUAUACAUCACAAUAACGUUUUGCAUUACUUCUAGAUGAGCGCAACUGUCAAAGCAAUAUGGGCUUGAGUGUUAGUGCUUCCCGUGGGCUGUGGCCUGGCUGCGGGUACGGGCCACGGCAGCAGAGAUUAAGGCUGACAGGCGCUGUGCACAAUGCGCUGUGGUGCACCUCUAAUUGUCCUGACAUCGGCCUGAACUGAGCUAAUGCCCCGCCUGCCCUCCAGUCUGUACUGCUCAGUCUUUCUCUCUCUCUCCCUCUCCCUCUUUCCCCCACGGUCCUAAAGCCUGGACUGCUUUAUCCUGAAAUCAGCUCAUGCUGUCUGGAAUCUUAAGCUAAGAUUCGAUAUCAUUCCAACCUGGCCAGUGCCCAUUGUACUUUUUUUUUUUUUUUUUUUUUAGCCCAUACUCACCACAAAUGUUUUUAGUAAGAGUGAACACACACUCUUAACUGGUGACCAUUUGUUUUAACAAAGGCUGUUGUUUUUUUUAUGACUUCUUCUUCAUUGUCUAACUCCUCCGCACACACAGUUAGCUUUAAACUUGACCUUUUCCAUUCAGCUUUGUCUAAAAUGUGAUUCUAACCCAUAUAUUUCUGGGAUAACAGUGCUUAUAAUAAGAGAGAUUUUUUUUUUAUUUCUCAACUUUGAGCUAAAUUUGAAUGCAGUGUCUCAUACACACAUUCACACUGUUUGAUUUUUUAAUAUUAAGCCAAUACUUGUGUUUACUUUAGAAUAUCUCUAGGUUUGAUUUGCCAACUGUAGAGAGUCCACUUCUCUGUGUUUAUUAUAAAUAUAUAUCGCUUUUUUCAGUUUUAUAUCCUUGAAAUUGAUGUCUCCAGAUGAUUGAAUUCGAUGAAACAAAUAAAACAAACACAACCUGUGCUGAAUAUGGAAAAUUCGGGACACUGAGCAUAUUUAAAAUCACUUAAAGUCAAGCAUCAAAAUGGGUUUGAGGGAUAUCUCAUUUUAACAGGAGCCAGAAGUCAGCUCACAACACUCAUAAAGCCUCAAUAUAUCGCCUUACACAUGUCAGGAAAUCCAAGAUUUCAAUAUUAUUCUAAGCCUGAAUGAUAUUUCCUUAGAUGUUGGAGAAAUGUAACAUAUCUAUUUUUCCCCCCUUUUUUUCCUUCCACCAAAGUACUCUUCUUGUGUACUUAGAAGUGACAAAGUCAACUCCCUGCUCAGCUGCGCAUAAUCUGACUAUGUGACACAAACAUGAUAAAAUUUUUUCCAUAAAGCUGGUGUGUUUUAUAAACCAUUCAAGGCUUAAUGGAAUACAUUUCUAAUGUGUCAUGACAUUAGUAAAAACUCAAACCGAUACUAAAUCUUAUGAUACCUUAGACACAUUCUGAAAUGCAUACUUUUUUCUUCUUCGCUCUCUUUUUUUUAAACUUCAAAUAGUUACCAUUGUUAAACUUGUACACUGUGAAAUCCUGCCUCUCCUGCCCACUGUGUGUAUGGUUUAAGGCUUUUGUGGAUUAUCUUUCUGCUGUAAUGAGACAACUGUGGCUGAUGGUUGCAGGCCUAAUUUCCUUUUAAUUUGAUUCAGAUCUCUCCAGGUUUCAGCAAAGAAGUUGGCUUAUUAUUUGAUUUGAUGAGUUUCAUUUCAAGAUACCAUUGCUCAUCUUUCUGCUUUUCAGCUACAAUCAGUUCAUUUUUCACUCCAUAAUUUGUAUAUUGUUGCCUUAGGAAUAAACAAGACUCUGCUCACUGUUUUUAAUAAUAUCCAGCAAGCCAUAUGUGAAUGGAACUAAAGAUGUAAGAGCAGCCUAAAUGCAAAGCACAGUCUGCAAAUAAAAGGGGACUAAUUUUGCCAAUUGCUCUUGAAGACAUUAUUUUUUGCAGAUUGGUUUAAGAAACACGCCUUUUUUUUUUUUUUUUUAUCGCAGUACAAGUCUUUGGAUUUUAUGAAACCGCGUGUCCUGCCAGGUCACAUAUUUUUCUUAUAUUCUCAAUUGUUUUUCUCACUCUCCUUUGAUCCAUUCCGGUUUAUACGAGUGAAUUAUUUGACAUUACUCUACUUUUACAUGAUUGAUUCCAUUUUUUGUAAUUAACCCAUUAAACCUGU